UGUCAUCCGUCCUGAACUCAGAACUGUCACCCAGCAGCAGUCAAGGAUGCAAGGGCGGCUCAGGUUGGAGCACCUUCCCUUAGACGUCCUGUGUGAGGUUGCUCACUGGCUGAAUGCGCGGGACCUUAUAAGGCUUUCUCUGGUGAAUGCUUCUCUGCAUCAGCGCAUACUUAACGACAGGUCUAUUUGGCAUGACCAGAUUCAACAGAUGGUCCGCAAUCGAUGUCUCCCACCCAACACGUUCAAGCCUCUGGGACUUCCACCUGAUUCUUUGCAGAUGAUUGCUACUCGCCCUUACAGACUACUUCGUGCCAUCGAGACUAAGCGCGCCCAGGACGGAUUGUUGCUUCCUGACCUCGCGCUCCUUUCUUCCAGUAUUUCUUACUUUCAUGGUGCUCCUUCCUAUUCGAGAAUUUUCUUCAGCACUGUCCUACCUGGGUCGAAAUGGCUGUUGGCUGGUGUCGGGAACGACGCACCAUCGAUACUCUGCUGUUGGGAUCUUGAAUGUGUCAGUAAACGUCCAGAAACUUAUGCUCUCAGGAAACCGUUGGCCAUUUUUGAGGAGAUGGAUGACCUUCCCGUAAUCGUGGCGCAAUAUAGUGAAACCGGACCUUCAGUAACUGUAAUGGCUCUCACCUGCGAUGGUGACGGACAAUAUGAUUUCGAGAUAUUGCGUCUAGCCUGGGCCCUGCCGACAAAUGAAGACGAGAUGGGCGCAUUCUUCAUCCCCCUCGCUCGACUCGUCCCCGGGAAUAUCUUUGUACAAUUUGCGUUUCUCGAUGGGGAUUACAUCUUUGCAGGUUGUCGAAACUUGUGGAUUGUGUGGAAUUGGCGGCGAGACGAAAUGCUCAAUGUGAAUCUUGAGUUUGACGACGUUGUACACGCAGUAUUUCUCCCGCCGUAUCUUAUAACCCUGUCAUCUGUCGGAGAAUCCUGCGUCUACUGGAUCCCCCCCACCAGCACUACGGGGAGCAAUUCUCCUGCUUUAUCUGUUAAAUCACUAUCGAAAUCUUCUCCCUACGGAAGGGUGAGGUCUGUAGUCACCCUUCAGUCAUGGAUCCCUCCAGAUCUGCGGAGAUCAACGAAGAUUUGCCUAAAGACCACGGUUUCUGAAGAAACUCCACAACGGAUAGUCCGAGUUGAAUCCAGAUUUGCCAGCUCUACAAGAUUCUGGAGUGCCCAUCUGACACAUACGAUCCAGUGGCUUCGGAAGGAUGUGAUCCAAAGCUUUUGCUUCCGCGCCUUGUGUAUCGUGCCCGAGGCUCCCUUGACUGGAAUCCGACAUACACUCUUUCGUACGGCAUGCUUAUGGAACGUGGUCUGACAGCAGAUCGCUCCCCGUCCUCCCCAUUCCCUCGACU